AUGGAAUCUGAGGAAGGCGGUGACGGUGUGAAUUAUAGUGGGAAUUUUGUCACCGAUACGUUUUUUUCUACAUUUGACGAUGUUGUUACAUGGGCUGAUGGUGUUUCCAUAAAAUUGGGAUUUAUAUUGGUAAAAUCGUCUUAUAACAAAACCAGAGAUGGUCGGCCGUAUCGGUAUUUGCGAUGUGAUCGGUCACGAAGGAGCAAGCCGAGAGAUUUGGAGAACGCGAUACGGAAGGACACCAAAACCAAAGCUAAUGGUUGUCCAUUCUACAUCAAGAUAUAUUAUGAUGUCAGCACCGAAAGUUGGAAGAUCAUUGCGAAAAAUGAUCACACCGGGACACAUAACCACCCAAUGAUUGUGUACCCAGAAGGUCAUCGUAAAGUGAGCGGAUUUAGUCCGGGUGCAAAACAGGUUGUGCGGGACAUGACAAAGUCCAAGGUUGCUCCCUGUAACAUCUUGUCCACUAUUGCCGAGCAAUUUCCUGAUGAUCAUCCAAACAUCCGACACAUUUACAAUUGCCGAAAUGACUUCAGGAUGGAGAUGUCCGAAGGAAGAGGAGUUGUUCAACAAUUUCUUCAUCUGGCGAGAGAGAGUAAAUACAUUUACUGGUUCACGAACGAUGAUCACAACGUUUUGCAACAUGCAUUUAUGGUGCACCCGAUUAUGGUCAACAUACUCCGCACAUACCCACAUGUCAUAGGUAUGGAUUCUACUUACAAGACCAAUCUAUAUAACAUGCCUCUCUUUGAGAUAGUAGGCGUGACACCGACAAACCAGAAUUUUCUAGUUGGAUAUGUUUUCAUGCGCGACGAGUGCACGGCUAGCUAUCGGUGGGUGUUGCAGAGAUUAAGGGAGUUGAUUGGGUUUGAUAAAGAGCCAUCUGUAUUUAUUUCAGACCGUGAUCUUGGGCUAUGUGCGGCUUUGAGAGAAGUCUUUCCAGGGACGUCACAUUUACUCUGUCUAUGGCACAUUAACAGAGAUGUGGAGGCUAAGGUGACGAAGAUGUUUGGAAACAAGACGGUUGGUGUCAGUUUUAGAGCUGGGAGAUGGUUCAAAAUCGUGAAUGCAACAACACAGGCGGAGUAUGAUCGUGCUCUAACUGCCAUGCAAGUGAGGUGGGGAAAAUAUCCGGAAGUGAUUCAGUAUGUUCAGAGAACUUGGCUUUGUCAUAAGGAGAAAUUUGUGAAAUUUUGGACGAACCAGGUUCUUCAUUUUGGUAACACCACCAACUGCAGAGUUAAGAGCCAACAUUCAGCAGUGAAAACUUGGUUAGAAUCAUCCACAGAAUCAUUGGCAGGUGCUUUGGAUACCGUAUGGGCCCGAGUCCAUUGUCAUAUCGGUAAUCGCAUCAUACAAAUUUGUAAUGACUUGGAGGCAUCAAGGUCUAAAAUUGGUCAGAUGUACAGACAGUUGCCACUGUCACGUAUAAAUGGCAAAGUGUCUCAACAUUGCUUGAAAGUUUUGGAUAACGAGACGAAAAUGAUGCGGGAUUUGAGUUACCAGAUAUUGGUUAUUGGUGAUGGUGUUAACAUUCCUGAAGUGGUAAAUGAUUCGACCGAGGAGGCUGCACAUUUUCGGUCCCUAAUCGACGAAGUCAUGGAAAGUGACCCGGCCGUACGUCGAAAUGUAACGCGAAUCAUUGAAGAGGAGCUACAUCCAAAUCAUUCACACCUUGAAGAACCACAUAUCAACCUUAACACUCGUGGUCGACCAAAAAGAAAUAACACCAGGCGUGAUCGUAGCUAUUUCGAGCAUGUGAACCGUCAACACACUCAACAUGGUGGUGACCCAGAACCAGAUCCAAGUGACAUUAGUCAAUGCAGGUAUUUGAACUUGCUUCCAGCCCCAAUGUUGCCGUACAUUUCGUCUUGGAAGGAUGUCAUUGGUGAUGGGAACUGUGGCUUUCGUUGUGUUGCCGACUUCUUCUUUGGCGAUCAAAAUAAGUGGUUUGACGCUCGGGAAACAAUAGCGAACGAGGUCGCUGGUCAUCCUGAUUUGUACGAACGGAUUUACGGGCUUGGGCGACUUUGGAUGAACGUGGAGCGUAUUCGAUGGGAUGGUGGGGCUGUCGGGGAGCGGCAUUGGAUGGUUACAAUUCAAGAUUUAUUUCCUAUUGCUAUGUGGUUCAACGCAAGGGUGAUUUGUCUCGGAGUAGGCCUAGUACCAACUUGCUACUACCCAUGCAUCACAGUCUUACCGCUUAGGGCACGCAACGGGGUUCGGUCACCGACUCGAGAGUUUGUGAUUGCUACAGUUGGUGGAUCACAUUUUAUCCGUCUUGACCUUGUACCUGAUUCACCACUCCCGACGAUCGCCGGUUGGUGGACGGAACACCACGAGGAUAGUGUCAAUGGAUGGGAUCAAGCAUAUCAAUUGAGAAGGGACAUGUGGGAUGCAUUAGUUAGGUAG